CAACUUUCAAGUGGUCGUUAGCGGUGGUAGCACAUCACGUGAUGCUUGCAUCCGUACCGAUAUAUCUUCAUAUACGAUCACCAUUCUCAUGCUGCUCCACCAGACCAGAAUCCAACACCUUGAUUAAUUUGGUUUUUCUCCGGCCUCCAUUGCCGAUGGGCUCAGCUCACGUCCAUAUGGAGGAAGCCGGCGGGCAGCUGGAGGUGGUUAUGUUCCCGUGGCUGGCGUUCGGGCACAUGCUCCCGUUCCUCGACCUCUCCAGGCGCCUCGCCGCCCGCGGCCACGACGUCGCCUUCGUCUCCACGCCGCGGAACAUCGCCAGGCUCCCGUCCGUGCCGCCGCACCUGUCAGGCCGCCUCCGGUUCGUGCCGCUGCCAAUGCCGCGCGUCGACGGGCUGCCGGAGGGCGCCGAGUCCACCGCCGACGUGCCGCCCGGGGAGGACGGGCUCCUUAAGAUGGCCAUGGACGGGCUCUCAGCCCCUCUCGCCGCAUUCCUCGCGGACGCCGUCGCCGCUGGCAGGAGGCCCGACUGGAUCGUCCAUGACUUCUGCCACCACUGGGUCCCGCCCAUCGCCGACGAGCACAAGGUACCCUGUGCAGUAUUCGAGAUCGUCCUCGCCGGCCUGGUCGCCUUUAUGGGAUCACGGGGGGCACACACGGCGCAUCCCCGCACGACGUUGGAGGACUUCACCGUUGCGCCCGGGUGGUAUCCCUUCCCUUCCACCGUGGCAUACCGUCGGCACGAGGCCGGGUGGCUCGCCGGCACUUUCCGGCCCAACGCGUCCGGCGUUCCCGACAUACAUCGAUUCUGGCAGAUGAACGAGCGUUGUCGCCUCGCCAUCUACCGCAGUUGCGACGAGGUCGAGCCCGGGAUGCUCGCCCUCCUCACCGACCUCUUCCAGAAGCCUUCCAUCCCCGCCGGGGUCCUGCUGCCGCCUCCCGACCUCGGCGGCGAUGACGGCGGUGUCCGCCCCGAUGUCAUGCGAUGGCUCGAUGACCAGCCCGCAAAGUCAGUCAUCUACGUAGCGCUCGGGAGUGAGGCGCCAGUGACGCUAAAGAACCUGCACGAGCUCGCGCUCGGGCUUGAGCUCGCCGGCGUGCGCUUCCUGUGGGCUCUCCGGACGCCCGGAGGCAUGUCCGACUCCGGCACCGGUGCGGACGACCGCGGCGUGCUGCCCGAUGGGUUCGAGGAGAGGACGCGUGGGCGUGGCAUGGUCGAGACUGGGUGGGUGCCGCAGGUGAGGGCGCUCGCGCACGGCGCGGUAGCCGCGUUCCUGACGCACUGCGGGUGGGGCUCCACCGUGGAGAGCUUCGCGUUCGGCCACCCGCUGGUGAUGCUCCCGUUCGUCGUCGACCAGCCGCUCGUCGCGCGGACCAUGGCGGAGAAGGGGGUCGGCGUGGAGGUGGCGAGGGACGAGGCCGACGGCUCGUUCGACAGGGACGGCGUUGCCGCGGCGGUGCGGCUCGUCAUGGUGGACGGCGAGGGGAAGGUGCUCGCGAGCAACGCCAAGAAGCUGCAGGAGGUUCUCGCCGAUCAGGAGCGGCAGGAACGGUACAUCGACGACGUUGUCAAGCACCUGAGACGUUACCACAUUUGUGUGUUGUGAAAUUAUCGAACACGAUUACUUGUGGUGCAUCAGUGGAUACAUGUUGACAACCGGAUGAGUCUGUAGUGUAAUCCAUACCACAAGUCGGGGUUAUUGAAUAAAAA